AUGGACCUCGCCAUAGCCUGGAACCUUGAUUGCCCCUACCCGUAUACCCCGGGUAUAGGGGCUCCCUUUGGAGUACCACACAACCACCUCUACCACCACCCACACUCCUUUCCGAUGCGAGCACCUCGGUGGGCCUACAACAAAAGGCCCUGCUGCGAGUUUUGCAGUGCACUGGACCAUAUACCGAGCCUCAAUCAGGGCCUUUCCGAACUCAGCAUCAUCAUGCCGGACGAGGUGGGUGACGUCCUAGAAGCCUUUGACAGCAUCCACCACCACUAUCGGUGGGGUUUCGACCGCGACGGUCCGGAUUCAUACUUCCUGUCCCGCGAGGUGGAGAAGCUUUCCCGGUUUCUCCGACGCAUGUACCGUUUUUAUCCCUGGGUGCCGCAGUUGGGUACGCUGUCGGAGCAGUUGAAGUAUAUGGGGCGAGAUGUUCAGACGGGCCCGAGGCGUCUUCGCUACCAUACCAUGCCUAAGCAUCGGUACAAGCCGUGGCAACUUCUUCAUGGCGCAUUUUAG